UAGUUUUUUUUAAAAAAAAACAUCUCAAUAUUAUGUCUCUGACUUCUGCUCGUCCGAAACAGAAGAUCUAAUCAUUUGCAAUCUAAACUCUUAAUUACUCAUCAAGCUCCUUCUCUUUCUAAUAAAUCACAUACAACAUUCAGUGAAAAGUUCAGAUUUUGAGAUAUACACCUCAAUUACUAGAGGAAAAAUGUCCGGAGUGUCUAUGGCGAUGGCACCACGGUCGGAGCCAGACCAAACGGCGACCACAGCCACAGAAUCCCACAAGAGGAGGCUCAAUGAGGAACUGGAACAGCCGGUAACAGGUGGCGUAAUGGGUUCACUGCGCAUCAUAGAGCUUCAACUCGUGGCCUUCAUUAUGGUGUUUUCAGUAAGUGGCCUGGUGCCACUGGUGGAGUUGGUGUUCCCAGCUUUGGCAAGCGCUUACCUCUUGGCACUGUCCAGGCUAGCGUUCCCCACGCACACUGGUCACGUGACAACAACCUCAGAAGAGCUGUUCCACGGUAGCAAAAUGUUCAGAGUGUACGUGAUCAUGGGAACACUCAUUGGGCUGUUCUUGCCUUUGGGUUACGUGUUGGGAGGUUUCGCUAGAGGGGAUGACCACGCCGUACGCUCCGCCACGCCGCACUUGUUCUUGUUGUCGUUUCAGAUUUUGACAGAGAACAUAAUAAGUGGACUGUCUUUGUUUUCUCCGCCGGUUCGAGCUUUGGUUCCGCUGCUUUAUACGGUUCGGAGGAUCUUUGUCAUUCUUGACUGGACUAAAGAUGUUUGGAUCCACAAAAGCUUACCUGCAAAUGCUCCUUUCAAGGAUGUGGGCUGGUUCUGGUUUGGGAGAAGCUUAGCAGUGGUGAAUUUGGGGUACUUUGCCAUAAAUCUGUUUGUCUUUCUAAUUCCAAGAUUUCUGCCCAGGGCCUUUGAAAGGUAUUUCAGUGAAAGAGAUGAAGUUCAUGCCAAGAUAGCACAGGAUAAACGCUUUGCAGCCUUUAAUAGAACUCAACCAUAUCUGGAUAGGAAAAAUAUAUAAACCAGAUUAUUCAUUCUUCAUUUUAUAUACAUUUUCACUUUGUUGUCUUUUAUUCCUUAUGUUUGUUUGGGUUUUUUUUUUUUUCUUUCUAUAUGUAAUAAUAUCAUGUACAAAAUUUUGGUUGUGGUAGAGAAAGGCUGUA